UCGUCGGCCCUGCAGCCAGUCGGGACCUAGCAGGUAGCUUCCCAAGAUGGCGCGUGUGUUGACGGCCGUGGCGGGGGCUGCGUGGGCCGUAGGGUGUUUUUCAAAAUUCCUAAAUCCAGUUCCAGCAGUGAGAAGUUUUUCUGCAUCACAGUCCUUGCAUCAGGUGGCAGAUCCUGUAUGGAAUCUUAGUCGACUCAAUCAUGUAGCCAUUGCAGUGCCAGAUUUGAAAAAGUCCACAGCAUUUUAUCAGAAUAUUUUGGGGGCCCAGGUAAGUGAGGUGGUCCCUCUUCCUGAACAUGGAGUAUCUGUUGUUUUUGUCAACCUGGGAAAUACCAAGAUGGAAUUGCUUCAUCCACUGGGAAAUGACAGUCCAAUUGCAGGAUUUCUGCAGAAAAACAAGGCUGGAGGAAUGCAUCACAUCUGCAUUGAGGUGGAUAAUAUAAAUGCAGUGAUGAUGGAUUUGAAAAAAAAGAAGAUCCGUAUUCUAAGUGAAGAAGUCAAAAUAGGAGCACAUGGAAAACCAGUUAUUUUUCUCCAUCCUAAAGACUGUGGUGGAGUUCUUAUAGAACUGGAGCAAGCUUGAUUUAUAUUUGCAAGAAACUUAAUUAAUUUCCCUAAAAACCCUUUUAAACACUAUCAAGAUGUAUUAUGGUACUGCUUCCAAAGUUAAAGACUAAAUUACAGAAAUAUUAAAAUUAUGUAAUAUAUGUACAUACAUAUGUAUAAAUUAGAUUUGGAAAAAGCCUUGUUUAUUAAAUGCUUAGGGAAAAUUAUUAAAAUCAUAUUCAUAGAAAUAAAUUACUCCCAUUUAAAAUA